AUGUCUUCAGCAGCUACGACGAAUCGUGCAAGUGAUAUGUGGAACAAUAGUGCUCAAGUUAACAAUCAAAAUGUAAGACAGCCACAUUAUGGUUAUCAAUACCCAGUGACGCCUAAUGCCUACGAUUUUCAUAACAACUUCUCUCAAAAUAGUGAAUAUUCUAAUGAACAUUAUAACAGAUUACAAGGACUUAACAACUCGUGUAACAAAAUUGUGAAAACCGAACCAAAUUGGCAAAAUUAUCCAAUGAAUUACAUGAACAAUGGAGAUCAAACUAAUGCGGAGAUGAUCAAUAGGUGGAGAGAAAUGAAUAUGUAUUCUCAUCAACAACAUGGACAUUACGGAUAUGAACAAGGUUUGCAAUCAAUUGUUAAUAACCAUGCUUUAGAUAUCAAAGGUGAAGACGCCCGAUCGAUCAAUUCUCCAAGUCAGUGUAGUUUACCUGAUACCAGCUACGGAUCCCCACAGAGUUCCUCAAGUGCUGUGAAGUCCGCAUCUCAAGAAGAAGAGGACUUACCAAAUUUAAGAGCAAUUUUAAGCAACCCUCACGUUAAGAGAGCAUCACAUUACAAUAAAACUUAUUCUCAUGAAAUGUUACAAAGAAUGUCGUAUAACGCAUCCGAUUGCGAUGAGAAUAGUAGAAAAUAUGUUGAAAACACGGAAGGGACUGAAACCAAUUUGCCACAAUUUCAUGGUGAUUAUAAAAAUAAUAUAGAUGGACAUGCGAAAAUUAGGAUCAAACGUACUAUGGGCGGAGCGCCGGUUGCAAUCAAAGACGCUAAGUCAUCUGAGGAUAAAUCUGAAAACUGUCACGAUAUGACGAGGGUUGAAGCAGGCGGGGACAAUGAAGAUUACGCUGAGAACAAAAUGGCCGCUAUACCAGAAGUCCAAGGAUUUUACCCAUGGAUGAAAAGUAUUGGUGGCGAGGAUAAGAAAGAAGGAUCAAAAAGGACACGGCAAACUUACACGAGAUUUCAAACAUUGGAAUUAGAAAAGGAGUUUCACUUCAAUAAGUAUUUAUCUAGACGACGCAGAAUUGAAGUUUCUCACGCCUUAGGGCUAACUGAGAGACAAAUUAAGAUUUGGUUUCAGAAUAGAAGAAUGAAAGCUAAAAAAGAUGGAAAGCUUUCUACGUCUCCUGAUCCAUAUGGAGCUGAAGAUUUAAAUGCAACGAAAUUAGCAAAUGCAUCUGAAUAUAUGGACUCGAGACAGCAAUUAAACGGAUUGACGGAGUAUUCCAAUGCAAAUUAUCGUCAUCCAAGUUAUGAAGGAGCGAUCGCUAAUAUGACUAACUUAUCAGGAAAUAUGAACCCCAAUUAUGUAAUGCCGCCGUAUGGAGGCUUGAUUCCCAAAAUGUGA